AUGGGCAGUGUUCUGGCUUUGUCAUCCCGCCCAGGGCGUCAGAACUCCCCUUUCCCUCAGGACAGACCCCUCUCAUGGUGGGACAGGAAAGAUGGACGAGUGUCAAACCCUGGGAGUUUUGAUGGCCUACAUCGUAACUGUAAAGAUGUGUUUCCACAGCAAAUUGAAGGAAUAAAGAUGGUAGUUAAUAAGACCCUCAGCAGUUUUCUGAAGGUCAAUCACACAUUUCAUCUCAGCGCUGUCGCUCCGUCCACUUACCGCUUUCACGUCGAGCACCUGCAGUCAGACACUGACAGCAAACAAACGGACUCUCCUAUGCUGAUUGGCGAAAUGGACUCAUCGGGCAGUUUAAACGCACACUCUUUGUUCCAUCUGAGCGAACGAGUGAGAGCCAAAGCAGUAUUUCAGACUCAACAGUCCCAGUUUGUGACCUGGCAGUUUGAGACCGAAUACAGAGGCAGUGAUUUCACGGCGGCUGUUACUAUAGCUAACCCAGACAUCUUACGGGAGUCAGUUAUUGUAGUGGCGCAUUUUCUGCAGAGUGUCUCCCCACAGCUGGUUCUGGGGGGUGAGUUAGUUUAUCACCGUGGUCGAGCUGAAGAAGGAGGCAUCCUUACCCUGGCGGGCCAGUAUUCAGGUCCCAACUGGGUGGCAACACUGAAUGCUGGCAAAGGAGGUGCCCAUGCAAGUUACUACCACAGGGCCAACAAACAGAUUCAGGUAGGAGUGGAGUUUGAGGCUAGCACCAGGACACAGGAGACAACAUUCUCCUUUGGUUAUCAAAUGGACCUUCCUGAGGCAAAUAUGGUCUUCAGAGGGAUGCUGGACAGCCGUUGUAUCAUUGGUGGCGUUCUAGAGAAGCGUCUUUGCCCUCUCCCUGCAACCCUCAUCAUGGGAGCCUUUGUCAAUCACCGUGGAGACAAGCUACAGGUGGGGUUAGGGGUGAACGUAGGGUAG